GCCUGUGUAAUACCAGGUGCGCAAGAGCGUCAUGGAUAAAGCGAAACUACCGCAGCUGAGAUCAGCGAGAGGGAAUGUCUGGGACGCGGUAGUCAUCAUGAGCCUCUGCACCGCCACCGGCGCCUUUAGGGUCUGUUUUUCAGCGUCGUGAUGGUUUCGUGUGGAAGAAUUUCGGGACGCAUAGGUGGGAGCGCACCGUGUCUUCACACCGUAGUACAAUUGUUUCUGUUCCAUAUAAAACGUACAGCGUAAACAUGGACACGUCGAAGGAAACCAGGAAACAAAUCAAAGCGAAAUCGGCCAACCGCAAGAAUAAGACGCACAAGUCCCAGAAGCUGUUCAGAAGGAAAUCGUUAAAAUCGUUGGGGAAUUUUAUGAGCAGGAUUGUCAAAACUUUGGGUACUUUGGCACACUUAGGGGACGCGGACCAACCGGACGCGGUGGAGGAUGAUGAUGGUGGGUUUGGAAACACUCCGAGUGCCCACAGCUCAGGGAAUUACAGAGAGAACUCGGCGUGGAAGACCUCUGCGCCUUCAUCUUCUCAUGGAUCUGUCAAAGAAAGACUGUCAUGUUGCUACGGCGAUAAAACUCCUGGAGUUCAGGGUCUGAAGAACCACGGAAACACCUGUUUCAUGAACGCCGUGGUCCAGUGCCUGAGUAACACUGAACUUCUGGCGGAGUAUCUGGGUUUGGAGCAGUUCAAAUGUGAAUUAAAUGAGGGGCGAAUCAACGGGAUGGUGAAAAGUGAGGAGGUUAUGUGUGAGGUGACGGAGAAGCUGGCAUUGCUAGUGAGGGCGCUCUGGACGCUUGAUUACACGCCUCAGCUGUCGGUGGAUUUCAAGAGUGUUGUGUCCAAAUAUGGCUCUCAGUUCAAGGGGAAUGCUCAGCAUGAUGCUCUGGAGUUUCUACUCUGGCUACUGGAUCGAGUGCAUGAGGAUGCCAACCUAUCUGCCAACAACAACCACAGCAGCAGAACCAAAUCCUCCAGCAAGGUACUGCACUCCUAA